AUGUAUAAUUUUAUUCAACGGAGAUUAUUCAUUCAUUUUCUCUUUCAGGGAAGAAACUGCAUAAACCAGGACCAGGCAUGGGGAAAAGGAAUCACACCAUUCUCACAGAGUUUAUCCUUGUUGGUUUCCCUACUUCAAUGUAUUUCCAGCUUUUGCUUUUCUUUGUUUUCUUGAUAAACUACCUUUUCGUGCUGGCAGAAAACAUAGUCAUUAUGAUAACCAUCUGGCUGAACAGAAACCUUCACAAGCCCAUGUAUUAUUUCCUGUGCAACAUGUCCUUCUUGGAAGUCUGGUACAUCAGUGUCACCAUCCCCAAGAUGCUCUCUGACUUCCUUACUCAGAACAAACACAUCUCCUUUGCUGGAUGCAUGACACAGCUCUACUUUUUUGUUUCUCUAGCAUGCACAGAAUGUGUUCUCCUGGCUGUCAUGGCCUAUGAUCGCUAUGUAGCCAUUUGCUUACCCUUGCGCUAUACAGCCAUCAUGAGCACUAGGCUCUGCAUUCUGCUGGCAGGUGGAUCAUGGGUUAGUGGAUUUACUAUCUCUGUUUUCAAAGUGUCCUUCAUUUCACAAAUAACUUUCUGUGGUUCCAACAUCAUCAAUCAUUUCUUCUGUGACAUUUCACCCGUGCUUAAUCUAGCCUGUACAGAUAUGUCACUAGCUGAGAUGGUAGAUUUUGUACUAGCCAUCAUCAUAUUGGUCCUUCCUCUGUCUGUGACUGCUCUUUCCUACAUCUAUAUCAUUGCCACCAUCCUACGUAUUCCUUCAGCCACUGGACGCAACAAGGCUUUCUCCACCUGUGCCUCACACCUUGCAGUUGUUAUCAUUUACUACACGGCCAUGAUCUUCAUAUAUGUGAGGCCAAAGGCAAUCACCUCCUAUGAUUCCAACAAGUUGAUCUCUGCUAUCUAUGCCGUGUUGACACCCAUGUUAAAUCCUUUCAUCUAUUGCCUCAGAAAUAAGGAGGUCAAGAAGGCUAUUUGGAGAACAAUGGGUGGCAAGGCUAUCUUAUAA